UUUCUUUCCCUUUGAGCGGAGCACGGCCUUGUGCAGGGCUUCAGCAGAGGCGGCGGCGGCGGCAGCAGCAGCUACUGCCUUCUGAGCCUGCUGAGCCAGCUGUCCCCUGCCUUUGAAUAGAGCGCGUUCCAGCGAGGCAAGGCGCAGCCCGGCGAGGCGAGGCCCAGCCCGGCGAGGCGAGGCCCAGCCCGGCGAGGCCUGGCCCAGCGCGGGCUAGCGCGGCGGGGCGCAGCUCGGCGCCAGCCGGUGCUGUGCGCAGCCCGGAGCAUCGGAGCGGUUUAGCUGGCUGCGGCUGGUUUUUUUGGAAGGCGCACGGCGUGGGAACGCGUCGGAGAGCAGCGGUUCCGCUGUUCUCUGGGUUUGCUGUUGUGGGGAGGGUGUUCUUGGGCGUCUGUGGGAGAUUUUGAGAGUGGCCCUGGGAACCCCCCCCUCCCCCGUUGUGCUUUAUCAAGGGGAGGUUUGUGGUAGCUGUGGCAGUUGGGGGUUGGGGUUAUUCCCCCCCCCGGCUUCGUUGGCUAGGUGGCUGCUUCAGCUUUAUCUCAGCGCUAUUGCAGCCUGCAGCUGGGGUGAGGAAUUUUGCCAGCCUUGCUUGUUUGGGCAUUGAAUUUGGGCAUUCUUAAACGCCAGCUAUAUAUAGGCUGCUUUGGCUUCUUCCAGAGCUAUUACUGGCUGCAGCUGGGGUGAGGAAUUGUGCCAGCCUCACUUGUUUGGGCAUUGAAUUUGGCUUUAUUAAACGCCAUCUAUAUAGACAUAGAUAUUUGGCCCAGGGGAAGCCCCCUGGUGGCCAUUUUACACGGCAUUCUGUUUGGUGUCCAUUUUGCCUGGCAAGCAGCAUAGCCCAGUCUAAUCUAAUUUGUCAGACCUCAGAAGCUAAGCGGGGCCAGCCCUGGUUAGUGCUUGGAGGGAGGCCGGGUUUCAUUGGCAGAGGAAGGGAAUAGUAGACCACCUCUGUUUAUCCUUGGGUACAGGUAUACGUAGGUUUUAGAGCCACGAUGCCUAAAGGAAAGGCCAAAGGCCCAUCUAAGGGCAAGCAGGCUGCCAAAAAGCCUGCUGCAAAGCGUGUGGUUCCAGCUUUGUCUUCCUCAGAUGAGGAGGAUGGGGGUGUGCCUAUUUCCCAGAUUUUGGCACGCAUUGCAGCGCUGGAGAAAGCCAGGAGCGUUCCUCCUGCAACAUCAGGGGGGACAGUACGUCAGAAAUCCAGUCGGCUAGCCACAAAGUCGGCUUUUCGACGCGAUAUACUCACACGUCUUUCUGCCCUUGAGGAGUCUGCAGGUGUGACGGCUGGCUCGUCGAGCGGUGAUGUCCAGGCGGCUGGUGAGGUUUUGGAGGUCCAAGAAGCCAGUGGUACUGAACAGGCCUGGGCGGAAGAAGGUGGGCCGCUUGCAUUGGCUGUGGAACCUCCAGUGGCUGAAUCUGCUGAAGAUACUGGGCUAUACGGAGUUCUCGGGCACAGCCUGGAUGCAAUAUGACGAGGAGUUCCGUAUGAGGGCGGCCCUCAACCCAGCUAUGCAGUGGGACCGCAUUCACCAGCAGCUGUGGCUGCAGGGUUUUGAGUUCGGUUUUCGAAUUCCGUUCCGUGGCAAUAGGGUCCCCUUCAUGUCCCCCAACUUGAAGUCUGUGGUGGGUAUGGAGGAAGUGGUACGGGCAAAAAUUGCCAAGGAAUGUGCGGAGGGCCGGGUGUUGGGCCCAUUUCCCUCCCCCCCAGUUCCUUGCUUGCGGGUUUCUCCGCUGGGUGUGGUGCCCAAAAAGGCAGCUGGUGAGUUCCGUCUGAUCCACCACCUGUCUUAUCCCAGAGGUAGCUCGGUUAACGAUGCCAUUCCAGAGCAUCUUUGUUCAGUGCGCUACACUUCAUUUGACCAGGCGGUCAAGGUGGUGCGGCGAUGUGGGGUAGGUGCGGAGAUGGCGAAGUGCGACAUUAAGUCGGCUUUUCGCCUUCUACCGGUUCACCCCGACGACUUCGAGCUCCUGGGAUUCUCCUUUGAGGGUCAGUUUUACAUGGAUAGGGCGCUCCCUAUGGGCUGCUCUAUUUCAUGUGCUUCGUUUGAGCGGUUUAGCUCGUUCCUUGAGUGGGCAUUGAAGCAUCGGUUGCGAUGCUUUGAUGCCUGUCAUUAUUUAGAUGAUUACCUUUUCGUGGGACCGGAGGGAUCAGGACAGUGUGCCCGUUUAUUAGCGGGCUUUAUUGCCCUAGCUGAGGAACUGGGGGUCCCCUUAGCCCAUGAAAAGACAGAGGGUCCAGUUACUGUUUUGACCUUUCUGGGCAUUGAGUUAGACACUAGGCAGCAAGCUUCCCGUUUGCCUGUGGAGAAACUACGGGACUUGCGUGCCCGUCUGGCAUCGUUCCAGGGGAAACGUAAAGUUUCUCUCUUGGAGCUUCAGCAACUAGUAGGGCAUUUGAAUUUUGCCUGUCGUGUGGUUGCUCCGGGAAGGGCAUUUCUUAGACGCCUGUGUGAGGCAAUGAGUAAGGCCAGUAAGCCUAAUCAUAGAAUACGUAUUACUAGAGACAUGCGGGCGGAUAUACAAGUCUGGGAGGACUUCUUGGGCUCGUUUAAUGGCGUCUCUUUUUGGAGAGAGGAUGUGCUGCUUGAAGCAGAGCUUCAGGUUACUUCAGAUGCAUCCGGGUCUACUGGUUUUGGUGUAUAUUUUCGUGGGCACUGGUGUGCGGAGCAGUGGCCUGCGGAGUGGGCAGGUCAGGGGCUCACCAGAGACCUGACAUUCCUUGAGUUCUUUCCCAUCCUUGUAGCGGUUUGUUUGUGGGGGAAGGACCUUGCGAACCACUCUGUGCACUUUUGGUGCGAUAAUAUGGCUGUGGUCCAAGUUGUUAACUCCCUUUCAUCCAAAUCACGCAGGGUAAUGAGGUUAGUCAGGGUUUUUACACUGCAGUGUUUGCGAUUGAAUAUACUGUUUAGAGCAAAGCACGUCCCAGGGGUGAGCAACUGCAUCACGGACGCUUUGUCUCGCUUGCAGAUGGCGCGAUUUCGACAGCUUGCCCCCGAAGCCGAUUUGCAGCCGGCUCUGAUGCCGCAAUUUCUGUGGCAGAUUGGAGAGCAGAAGCGUGCAGGGCCAUUCGUUUAGCAAUCGCCCCCAGUACUCAGAGAGCUUAUGACCGGGCGGUGCGACAGUUUGCUGCUUUUAGACAGGCGGCUGGUCUGCGGCAGGUAUGGCCAAUUCCAGCUGUUCACCUUAUGCAGUUUUGUGUCGACCGCAAAGGUAAGGGUCUGGCAGUCAAGUCAAUUCGGAGUCAGCUGGCAGCCUUAGCCUUUGCCAGUAGGGCUCGGGGCCUGUCUGAAGCCACUGGUGAUUUUCGGAUACGGAAAAUGUUGGAGGGGUGGUCCCGGGAAAAGGGAGCUCGGAAGGAUGAUAGAUUACCCAUUUCUCCUUCCGUUCUCCGGGGACUAAAUUCAGUCUGGGAAGAUGUUUGCCAUUCUAGUUUUGAGGUCCUUCUCUUCCACGCUGCUGCCUUGACGGCAUUUUUUGGAGCGCUGCGGGUGAGUGAGCUCGUCUCGCUUUCCGCUAGGGACACGUCGGGGCGAGCGCUGGUAAUGCAGGACCUUAAGUUUAAAGGCAAGGCAGCCAUACUUAGGGUUCGGCGUUCCAAAACUGAUCAAAGAGGUUUUGGGUGUGAGAUAACGCUUGGUCCUUGUGCAGAGCAGGAGUUGUGCCCUGUACGUGCCCUGCGUUUGUAUGUGCAAGCCCGGGGAGAGAGCCCGGGGGUCCUAUUCUGUCAUAGUGAUGGUAGACCCCUGACGAAAUAUCAAUUUUGGGCGGUGACUGGAAGAGCGCUUGGCAAAUUGGGUUUCUCGGGCGUCAGAUUUGCAACGCAUUCUUUUAGGAUUGGCGCUGCCUCCACGGCGGCGGCUAUGGGUUACCCUGAGCCGGAAAUACAGAAGGUUGGGCGUUGGCGUUCAUCCGCGUACCGGUCAUAUAUUCGGCCGCUUCCUUAGGUUGAGCAUGUGGUUAAUGCUGUUCUUUCUUUUAGGUGUUGUGUCUCGCCGUGGGAGGCUUCGGAUCCUCAUCUGCGGGCACAGCAUGGUGUUUUGGGCGGCCCACCAAGCCAAGAGGACGCAGAUGGGGUCCCAACUGGGGCUCAGUGAGUGGGCCACGGUGGAAUGGCAGGGCCGGCGGGGCCUUAGGUGGCCUGGGUUGAUGCCGCUGCUGUUCAGGGAACGGAGGGGGCUCCCUCCUCAUAUCCUGGUCAUCCAUCUGGGUGGGAAUGACCUCGGUUUGAUCAAGGGCAAGGCCCUUUCCUUGCAGGCACAGGCGGAUUUGCAGCAGAUAUGCGUGGCAUGGCCUGGUGUCCUGAUUUUGUGGUCGGCGAUUUUGCCACGUCGUAAGUGGCGUGAAGGUCUUGACGCCCGGGGUAUGAAUGAGGCAAGACGCAGGGCUAAUAGUGCUCUUUUAAAAGCUCUGGGUAAUGGGUUGGGGAUUUAUUUGCCCCACCCCAGAAUACGGGCUGCUGCUGCCCACCUCUACAGGGAUGACGGAGUUCACCUCUCAGAGGCAGGUAACGAACUUUUUCUCGAAGAUUUACGGCAAGGGCUCAGGAUGGCCAUAAGCCACCUGUGGGGAGCAAGGGCCUAAGCAGAGGCUUGGCCCUGCCCAUGGCAGGAUAGAGUUGAAAAAAGGGAGCGGGCCGGCGAGCACCCUUGGCAUAUCCCCACUAGGGGGAUUGCAGUCUGUCAGGAUUGGCUGGUGGGCUUCACGGCGACCAGCUGAGAGGGCAGACUGCUACUGGGACCCCCUAGGUUGAGUCCUUCACUCGGGCUGUAUGGCGGAGUGGUUGGAACUUCAAAGGGGAACCAUUUGCCUGGCCGGCCGGGUUGCAACCAUGCGCUGUAUGGCUUGCACCCGGGGCAACGGGGCUCGCCCAGACAGGUCAGGGCAGCAGUCCUGGCGCGGACACCGGGCCUGACCUGUACCGCAGUUAGAUCCCUUGCCGUAUUUGCAGUUUGUUAAAUUGUUUAAUAAAGUGGCCCUUUUAAAUACCCAGAUACUUUGUCUGCCUCUUUAUUCCUGACUGGGGGGGCAAUUCGGCCCUCCCAGCCGGCAGCCUGUGGCUGCUUAGGAUGGGGGCCGCGUUUGCAGCCCCGGAGGGAGAAAGUGGCUAUCCCGCUCCUUCCUGUUCGCGGGCUUUUGAAGGGGUGGAGCCAAGCCUUGGUGAGGCGGCUCUUCCCCUCCAGCCCCGCAGUUGAGGCUUGUGCGCUCGGCCCACCCACCCUCCCUUUACCAGUGCAGGAGAGCCGGUUGCUGG